AUGGAGACGGAGUCUCCAGUUGUGACGACAGUACAGGCAGCCAUCCUAAUUGGAUCUUGGUAUGGCACGUUCGUUGACAACUCUCUCGGGUGGAUAUUUAGUGACCAGGGAUUGGAUUCCGAACGGCCACCAAAUUGGGUCUUCAUCUCGACUGUUCCCGAAUGCUUUCCAAUCAAUGGAAAGAUGACGGAUGAGGAGGCUAUGUACCGAUCAGUAGCAUUCUGGGGCUGUUACAUUGAAGAUAAGCUUUACAGCGCUUAUUGCCAGCGACCAACCAUUUUAAUGGACUGGGAUAUCACAAUAUGUCCACCAGAAGAGAGGCUCAUGACAGAUGAGAAUAUGCCGCCGAACCUUCUACCUCACACUGUCGCGCUAGCCCGGAUAUGCGGCAGAAAACUCCUCGCUCUUUAUGCACAGCGACAUUUCAAUGAUGUAAAUGAAAAUCUCAAAAGAAUUGCAUUCGAAAUCCAUGGCCAAUUGUGGGAGUGGCAACGGAAGCUUCCCGAUGAUUUGGCAUGGCCAGCAGAUGAUCAGUCAUCGCCUUCGCCACCUGCCGUCUUAGCUCUUCACAUGCAAUUCUACUACAAUCUUAUUCUAGUUCACCGGCCUCUACUGGAAUUUUCCAAGGCAAGAGACGAAUUGUCGCAAGAUGCGUCACAUAUCAAUUCAACAACCACCUGCAUGAUGGCCGCCGCCAAUAUCGCAAAGCUUAUUCACGUUUACUGUCAGCGUUAUAACAUAAGACACAUAUCGCCAAAUGGUGUGCAUAUGGCUUUUAUUGCUGCUAAAAUUCACCUCAUCAACUAUCGAUUGACCAAUGUCGAGUCCCAUUAUCGUCUUCUCUUCAUGUGCCUAGCAGCUUUAACCGAGCUUGGUGACUUUUACACUAUGGCAAAAAAGGCUGUUAAGAUAUUGAAAAGCCUCAUAGAAGGCUUCAGGCCGCUGGAUGAGGUAUCGAGCCAGGAAGAACAAACUCCAGAAAAUCCCAUUUAA